CGACGCCCAUAUUCUUAAGUAUGAAAGAAAACCGCCUCGACUUCAAAUAAUGUUUGUCGUAGCCAACUCACUUCGUGGUCCUCUAUGGAAAACCCUAGGUCGCACACUUCCUCGCUUUACUUCCACAUCCUCACCAGUGGCUCGCGAUAUUAAAAGACCUUUGCACGAUCCGUUCGUCCAUGUGCAGAUCAACGAUAAGGACGAUGGGGAAGAAUUUGUGUACGACGAAGAGCCACUUGUGCUUUCGCCUGAGCAAGGGUUCGGAUAUUACCCCAUUACCUUAGGACAGUAUUUCGGAGAGGGCAAGCUCCAGAUUGUGAGAAAACUUGGAUGGGCAGGUAAUUCCAACGUGUGGCUCGCGCGCACCCUGGGAAACGCGUACCCAGCGAAAUAUGUUGCUGUCAAGGUUCUUACAGUCAACGCGACCGCAGGUGUGGUAAAAGGAUUUCUACGUGAAGUGGACUCUCUUAGGACCAUCAAAACGGCUAAUCCUAACCACCCUGGCCAACAACACUGUCUUCAUCUCUACGACGUAAUCACCGAAAAGAGUUGCCAUGGUCCUCACAUUUGCAUCAUGACCAACAUUCUGGGGACGAACAUGAUCAGUCUCCGCAGGCUGCAACCCAACGGGCAUGCUUUCCCUGUUGCUGUCACUAAACGUAUAGUCAAACAAACACUUCUUUCUCUGGACUAUCUUCACCGCGAGUGCGGCUUCGUACAUACAGAUGUGAAACCCGACAAUGUUCUUGUCUGUGUGGACUACGAAGACGAAGCUAUAACUCGUCUCCUUGAAGAAACGCCAUCCGCCACAUACGAACCUCGUUUUGAGCCCACUUUAUCUCCUGAACCUAUUAUCACGGUAAAGUCGCAGCCGCUCCCUAAUUUCGGUCUUCGGGAUGAUGCGAGCAACCUCAAGGUUUGUUUGUUUGAUUACGGUCAAGCAACACUCGCCAAAGAGCGCCGAAUAGAACCAGCUCAACCUCUUCUCCUCCGCGCACCGGAAGUUACUUUGGGACAUGGGUGGUCUACACCCAUCGACGUAUGGUCCGUGGGAUGUUUAGUUUUUGAAUACCUGACUGGUGCAGCUAUGUUUCAACUCUCGGAGUCCUCUUCCAUCAGCGUUGAAAAUCUUUGUCUCCAACGAAUCCUCGAACAUAUCGGUCCUUUCCCACCUAGCUUUUUGGAACGAUGUCAAUGCCGGAGCGAUUUCUUUGACGAACAAGGAUCACUCCGCGUUCACAAUCUGAUUCCUCAGGCAAUGGAAAGCUGUCUUCGAGCAUAUAAAGUUGUGGACGAGAAGGACAUAGCUCCUGCCGCUGCCUUUAUUCGGAAGUGUUUAACUAUCGAUCCCCACGUACGACCUACAGCCUUACAGCUACUCGACGACGAGUGGCUCAAGAACGCGUGAGACGACGGCAUGGAUCUUCUGGUACAAUUCAAAGUGCUUCUGAAGCCUUAGAUAUUGCACAUUUCACAAAUGUUAAUGAUCUUUAGAUUCAUGAUUUGCAUUGUUACCGCGUAGCCAGAAGGUGCAUCAUGGCUGUCAGAUAUGUCAAGAACCUCCA